AUGCAUCGACCAAACGGCAACCCUGUGAAUAAAGACAGGUGGCAAUCACACCAGGAAAUGAUGGUGGAGCCUCUGGAGAUCAACGACUCAGAAGUGUUUUCUAUCAUAAAAAAGGAGAAGCACAAGCAGAUGAACGGUCUGGAGCUGAUAGCGUCUGAGAACUUCACCAGCAGAGCCGUCCUGGAGGCCCUUGGCUCCUGUUUGACCAACAAGUACUCUAAAGGGUUUCCUGGUCAGAGGUACUACAAAGGGCUGGAGUACAAUGACGAACUGGAGACACUCUGUCAGAGGAGGGCACUGGAGGUCUUCGGUUUGGACUCCGAGAAAUGGGGAGUGAACGUGCGGCCAUACUCGGGGUCCCCUGCUAACUUUGCGGUCUACACGGCCGUCGUGGAGCCACAUGGUCGGAUCAUGGGCCUCGACCUUCCCGACGGGGGUCACCUGUCGCACGGCUUCAUGACCGGUGGGAAGAAAAUAUCUGCAACGUCCAUCUUCUUUGAAACUAUGCCGUACAAGGUGAAUCCAGAAACCGGCUACAUUGAUUAUGAUAAACUCCAAGAAACCGCACGGCUGUUUCACCCCAAGCUCAUCAUUGCAGGAACAACCUGCUAUUCCCGUAAUCUUGACUACGCCCGCUUGAAGCAGAUCGCCCAGGAGAACGGCGCCUAUCUGAUGGGGGACAUGGCUCACAUCGGCGGGCUGGUGGCAGCCGGGGUCGUGCCCUCGCCCUUUGAUCACUGUGACAUCGUCACGACGACCACUCACAAAAGUUUGCGAGGUUGCCGUGGUGGACUCAUCUUUUAUCGGAAAGGAGAACAGAGUGUGGACACCAACGGCAAAAAGACGCUGUACAACUUGGAGUUUUUGAUCAACCAGGCUGUGUUUCCAGGGCUGCAGGGAGGGCCACACAACAAUGCGAUUGCUGGUGUUGCCGUGGCUCUGAAACAAGCCUUGACUCCAGAGUUCAAGGCUUACCAGCUGCAGGUUCUCGCUAACUGCAAAGCCCUGUCCAGUUCCCUCAUGGACCUCGGAUACACGAUCGUCACCGGCGGUUCUGACAAUCACCUAAUCCUGAUGGACUUGCGCAAUAAAGAAAUGGAUGGAGUACGAGCUGAGAAGGUCUUGCAAGCCUGCGCGAUUUCUUGCAACAAGAACACCUGUCUUGGAGUGACUGGUGCUUUGCUUCCAAGCGGUCUGAGGUUUGGCUCUCCAGCUCUGUCCUCCAGAGGUUUGGUAGAGGAAGACUUCAAAAAAGUGGCUCAUUUUAUUCACAGAGGUAUUGAGCUGACCUUGGAAGUGCAGAGAAGUCUGCAUCCCCAGGCCUCCCUGAAGGAGUUCGUCCAGGCGUUGGCUCAGGGAGGGAAGUUCCAGCAGCGGGUGUCAGAGGUCAGGGCGGAGGUGGAGGCCUUCGCCGGGCGGUUCCCCAUGCCGGGCCUCCCUGAGCUGUAGGCACUCAAGCAGAGUCGCUGCUCAAAUCCAGACACUCGAUUAUGUCUUUAAACAUUUGGUGGCCAUUUUUUCCCUUUGUUGUUUUGUACAGGUGAAGUUUCGGUUGUUGUGAAUAUGAAAUCAUGUUGGGGAGGAAGCAGUGAGAGAAUCCACAACCAAAUUGGGAGCUGAUUGACGAAUAUUCCCAUUCACCAGUUGUA